UCGGCCUGGUCAGCGGUGUGGGAUGUGAAUGGGUGGAUGUGCGAUUCUUGUCCUUCUGACUAGGAUGUCUAACCUUCCAUCGUAGCCUCCUCAUCUCUGCUUGCCUCGUCCUUGUCGGUAUCCUCCCUGGUCUCCUCGGCUUUGGUCAUCCAGCCAGUGGCAGCAGACAGAGUGCAGCUUGCGCCCCGCGUCGUCUGUGCGGAGAAGCAGGGCACAGGGCCGCGGCGGGCCGUCGUGGUUGCUCUCACCCAAGCACACACACACCCACUCACACCCAGACAUGUCCGCCGCUCCGAUUCAUACCAUCCCACCCCUACUCCCCCAUCGUCCUCCCUCCACCACCACGACCUCGUCCCUAUACCAGCACGACGGCAACCCAAGGCCACACUCUCCUUCAUACCAAUACCAACAACGACGAGAUCAGACCCCUUCGUCUCCCUACUCCACCUACACCCCUCCCUGGACAAGCCCUCCCAGUGCUUCCACUCCUAUUCCCGGUGCCCUUCCAUCGCGCAAUAACCCCCAGCAGACCGCCGCACACCCAUCCCUCACUGCUGCCAACAUCCGAUAUCUAGCGCCAAGCCCACAACCCCUGCCAGGCACAAGUCCAGGAUCAGGAUCAGCGACAGGCAUCAGCGACGUCAACUCCAACGAGGCAGAGGGCGGUCACCUCGCCGCUGGCUUCUCUCAGCCUCCGUACCGCUCCCUCCACCAUCAGACGUCCCAAUCCCAUAUUGCUCGCUCCCUGCAUCAGGAUUCAGCCAUGGAGUCCAACUUCGCUACUCCGUCCGACUCGUCCACAAUGAGCCAUAGCAGCGGCAGCAACACAAAUACUCAAAAUGAUCACCCCCGGCCCUUCCUCAACCCUUCCUCCUUGCAUCGUACAUCGACGGAUAGAUCCAGGCCAUCCCCCAACGCUGAUGCCCCCUCACUGGCAACGGGAGUGCAGUCUACCGCUGGCAAUAGUCCCAUUACCUCCUUUUCUGGCCCAGGUCCUACUACGCCAGGCUCCAGUCACCUCCAUACCCCCACCGCACCCACAUUUGCCUACGCCGAUACCAGGAGCGCCAAUCUCCCAGGGCAACAGCCCACCUCGCCGAACACGCCGUCAGGACCGACCCUACACAGAUCAUCACCUUCACUGGCUGGAGGCAUUCCAACCUUCAAUGCCGCAGGUACCACACUUGGCGGAUCGCCCUCGGUCGAAGUGAUCCCUACGACUUUCGAUGAGGCCACGCUAAGGGCCCUUUGUGAUACAGAUGUAGGUCUGCCUCUGCUCUACGAGCGGAUUAAGCAGUCCAUGACUUCAUGUCGAGAGGCAGCGUCCUUCUUCAAGAAGCGCGGCGUGGCAGAAGAGGAGUAUGGCCGUACGUUGCAGAAGAUUUACAGGUCCUCACUAGAGUCCUAUGGCUCGGCCGACGGCAAGGCGGGAACAUUCGUCUCUUCAUGGCAUAACAUCUUGGCUACACAUGAGCAUCUUGCUGAUGGGAGAAUCAAAUUCGGGCAGCGCCUAGGCGAGAUGAGUGAGGAGCUUAGCAAUCUGGUCAAGGAGAUAGAUCGGAAUCGAAAGAGCGCCAAAGAGACAGGGCAAAGACUAGAGAGGGGGCUGAUGGAUGCUGAGGCCAGCGUAGAGAAGGCUCGGUCACGCUUUGAGUCUGCUGCUGAGGAGCUGGAGCGUGUACUACUACUCAAGUCAGGAGAGUCGGCCAAAGGUGGAGAGCUGGCAGCUCAGCACUCCUCUGGUGCGGUCGGACAAGCAGCAAGUAAAGGUCGCUCGUUAGGCAAGGCCAUGACCAAAGGUGGCAUGCUUUUCAACAAGAAGAAUCCACAACAGCUCCUGAGACAGGAAGACGAGAUCCGGACACGGACAUCACAGAUGUCCGACGCCUUCAGGAGGGAGGUGCUUCAGACACAGCAGAUGCGGCAAGAGUACUUCAACCUGCAGCUGCCGAGAAUCUUGAGGAGUCUCAAAGAGACGGCAGAGGAGAUCGACAAUGGGCUGCAGUACCAUCUGAGUCGUUAUGCUUACCUUUUCGAGACGACUGUGCUUGGUGAUGGCAUGACAGUGACGCCCGUGGGAGCGGCAGCGGCACCUGUAGCCGAAGGAGGCAGUGGUCAGAUUGGUCUGAAAGCAGCAGCGGAAGCCAUCGACAACAGGUCGGACUUCAAGACUUUCAUGCAGAACUACACAAUCCUUCAUGGCAGGGACUACAGGGGACCGAAGCGGGAAGGCCCUUACGAGGACGGAUACAUGCCACCGAGCAUGAACGGCAUGAGCUCUGGACCUUCUGGCAUGGUUGCGAGCAGCGCUUCUUCUUACCAGCUCAACAAUGGUCGCGGCUUCGGCCAACAGCCUUCCUCAUCGAGCAUCGGAGGUGUGGGACCCAACGCCUCGACUUCCUCGCGGCCCAUCUUUGGGGUGGAACUCGAUAUGCAGAUGGCAAGAGACAACGUGGACGUUCCCGGUAUUCUGGAAAAGUGUGCUCAGGCCGUCGAGACGUUCGGAAAGGAGAACAUGGGCAUUUACCGUCUUUCGGGUACCACGUCCAAGGUGCAGCGUCUCAAGGCCAAAUUCGACGCAGAUUGGACCGCAGUGGAUCUAUUCGAGGACGCAGAGGCGCUGAGCGAUAUCAAUAUCGUCUCUGGCUGUCUGAAGCUCUGGUUCCGUGAAUUGCCCGAGCCUUUGCUGACAUGGGACCUCUAUAGAGGCUUCAUCGAGUCGGCCAAGGUGGAGAAUGAUCGACUCCGGCAUAUUCGUCUGCACGAGGUGGUCAAUCAGCUCCCCGACGCUAAUUACUCGACGCUCAAGGCUCUAAUGUGCCAUUUGGACCGUGUACGCGCAGAGGAAAGUGUGAAUCAGAUGGGCGCAAGCAACCUCGCCAUCGUCUUUGGUCCCACGCUGUUAGGUCCACCACCACCGGGGCGCUUGCAAGACAGCAACGGCGCCGGCGCCGGCGGGCCUGACGAAUUGAGCACAUCCAUGUCCGGCCUGGGCAUCGAUGCAGGCGCCAGCGGCAUGGACGAUCUCUCCACCGGCGGUGUAGCGGGUGGCUCCAGCGCUUUAGCGGAUAUGCAAUACCAGGCCAAAGCCAUUGAGACGAUCUUGCUGCACUACAAGGACAUUUUCCUCGAGGAUGAUGAAGUUGAGGAAGAAGAGAGGGCGAGAGCACUUGCUAAAGAGCAGCAGGAGGCGGUACUUAUGCAGCACUCUCAGUCUUAGCGAGCUACCGUGGACAUACAGAGAGAGAAGGGAAAUGCAGUCACGGUCCAUCACAAAAGCAAAAGGGGAAAGGAAGAAGAUGAAGUGCAAUACAGGCCAAGGGUGGGGCA